GCAGCUGCUGGUAGCUACUUGGUACCUGCCGUCAGCCCCCGGGGGUUGGUGGCCUCGGAGUUAUUCCAGGAAUGGUUUGUCCCCGCUUUGUCCUGAGUAGGCCCCAAAAGGCACGAUGCAGAUCUCUUUGCUUGUGGCUCCAGGUCUGGUCUGCCUCUGCUGCUGUAGGCUCUAGAGCGUGUGAAAAUACGCGUUUCUCAACGCUUUAUGUAGUCUAGAGUCUAAGAAACAGUAGCUGCUCAAUGUAGUUUGUAAACGCUGAGGCUGUAUACAGUUGGCAAAUCCUGUAUUUUACAGGUUACUGUUAAACUUCAGAAACGAUUGUCAGGUCGAUAAACGUAGUGGAAUCAUUCACUAGUAACAUGGGUUUAAUGAAAUUUCUACAGAAAUUUAGUUACAGUAAAAAGUCAGUUCUCCAGUUUCUAAGGUUUCAGAUUUUUACAUCUCUGCAUCACUAAUGGAAUUCCCCAUGUUUAUUCUACUGAUUUUAGAAAUUACUAACAGGAAAUAAUCUUUCAGUAAUGUUCCACUGAGAUUAUUGUUAAUAAGCUAUUAUAGGGGUAAUUUUACAGUAAUAACACCUGUAUGAAAUUGUUAGAGUUAAUGAAAUUGUGCGGCAGAGGUGUUUAUAGCACAGAAGUUUGAUAAUGCGGUGCGGUUGUUCGAGGCUUUAGGAUGUAGUAAAAUUUUUUUCUUUUUUGUGAUGAACAUUUAUGUCUUGUGCUUUGAAUUUAGAGUUUACAGUUAAAGACUUAUGCAGUUAGAAGAAUGUGGUUUUUAUUUUCUGGUGGUAUGGCACCUUGUGAAAGGUAUUGGAUAGUCUGUUCUAAUUUCUAAUUCUACUUGGUGAAGUAGCAACAUUUUUCAUGGGACUGCAUGUAUCUUACUAGAGCAUUUUAUUUCCUGGAGUCUUAAAAUCACAUGGCUUUAUACUCAAAAGGUACUUAAAAAUAAUGUGAAUAAUAUAUCUUUCAUUGCUUGGCAAUUCAGAAAAAAAUGUAAAACAUUAUUUUGGGUCAAAGUGGAAUGUAAAUAAUUUUUUUUGGUGAACCAUAUAGUCUCAAGUUUCUGUUGCUGGGCAGAGUUAUUUCACAUUAGAAAAUUCAGAUGAGUUGCUAGAAACACAUAAAAAACCUCUGAAAAAAUUGAAUAUUUUUCUUAGAUUUUUGGGAUCAGAUAAUAUUACAAAAUUAUGCUGCAUCUGUCAAAUGUUUUUGCAUGCUGUAUCUGAAUUCUUUACCAAAUAUUUGGCCAAAACUUUUUCCUGUUUCUCUUAACAAAUCCUCUUUGUGUUUGGCAGUUACAGCUCAGUUUGUUCCAUCUGAUGUGAAUUGCUGCUUUGAAUCCAAAGGAUCCACAAACAAAAUUGUCACAGAGAAGAUUCAGAUCCUGACAGGGACUGAGCACUGUUAGUUCUGUUUGCUGUUAUGUGCUCAGGCCUGGAUCAUUAAUGGGACGUCUAGGUAGUUUUGGCACUGGCAGUUAAGCGUGCUACCAGUUUGUCAGUAAGUAGCAGAUAGGGAUUAAAUGAAUUUCAUUGCCUUCUCCAAGUAGCGCUGAGUGACAUGAUGCAUAUUUUAACAGCAUGUGACAAGCUUGUUCAACACUGAACAACUAAAUCAACACUGAACCUGCUGCUGCAUAAGACAUCCUUCAUUUAAAUGUCCGAGUGAUGGUGGAUUUAUGUAACAGCACAAAAGGGAUAUGCUUAACAGGUCCCCCAGGUCCCCCAGGGCCUCCUGGACUCGAUGGAUUGCCUGGCUACAAUGGAUCAGAUGGAGUUCCAGGUGCACCAGGACAAAAGGGUGAACCAGGAUUAAAUGGAAAAAGAGGAAAAAUAGGUGUUGCAGGACCAAAAGGUGAUCAAGGACCAAAAGGAGAACCUGGAGAAAUGGGUUUACCUGGCAAAGAUGGUAUGCCAGGAGGAAAAGGUGCAAGAGGAGCAAAGGGUGAAAAAGGGGAUGCAAGCAACGAUGUGAUAUUAGAAGGUCCAAAAGGUGAACCUGGACCGCCAGGUCCCCCUGGACCACCUGGGCCCCCAGGACCCCCAGGAAAACGUAAAGGUAAAGCACAGCUUCAGGAGAACAUAUACAGCAGCAAAUGUACAGGUGAGACAUGUGCUGUACCAAAUGAUGAUACUUUGGCUGGAAAAGCUGAAGACAGAACCAGUGAUCAUGCAAAAAAACCUGAAUGUGUCAUAACAUCUGUAGGAAGUCCUGUUCACCUUGUCAGUGUACAGCAAACAUUUGGAACUUGGAUGCGGGAACCUGCAAAUAUAAGUGAUGAAAGGAUUUGGCUUACCAUGCACUUUUCAGGAAACUCUAUAAAAGAAUAUGAGAAUUCCAAUGCAUUGCUGAAUGACAGCUACAGGAUCAUUAACAUCACAGGGUUCUUUUAUGGAUGUGGUCAUGCAGUACAAAACAAUCAUCUGUACUAUCAAAAGGGAGGAACCAAUGUCAUUCUAAAACUGGGGCUUGAUAAAGCAUCAUCGGGCACACUGAUAAUCGAAAAUGCCUUAUAUCAUGGUCGUAACUACCUCUUUUCUAACUCGAAGACAUAUUUCAAUGUAGCAGUGGAUGAAAAGGGUCUUUGGAUUAUAUAUGCCUCAAGCACUGAUGAAAAUAUAAUAGUAGCACAUAUUGAUGAAGAAACAUUUUCAGUCAUUCGGCAUGUCAACACUACAUAUCCUAAGUCCAAGGCUGGUAAUGCAUUCAUAGCAUGUGGAGUUAUGUAUGUUACUGAUACUAAGGAUAUGACAGUAACUUUUGCUUUUGAUUUAUUGAAAGAGAAGCAGAUUGAUACAAGCUUUGAGUUACGCUCUUCACAGUCUGUUCUUGCUAUGCUUUCAUACAGUUUGAGAGAUAAGAACUUGUACACGUGGGAGAAUGGGAGUUUAAUGGUAUACCCUGUACGUUUUGGCAGAUGAAUAUAUUAUGAAAUGGCAUAUCAUGGGAGCUAUGUUUGGCUAAACAGAUUAUUUAAAGCUAUAUCAUAUACACGGGGUGGGGGGGGGUCUCUUCGCUUCUCAGUAUACAUCUGUUGGCUAAUGGUGGUUUGUGUGCAUGCAUAAAAUGGGAGAUCAGAUCCCUUUGUAUAAAUACAUUUAAAAUUAUACAGGCCAUUCUAGGGUUUUUAGAAGAAGAGCUGUCCCAUAUUGCAGCUGGCACCCAGCACAAACUUGCUUUUGUUUUUCCUCUGUUAUUCAGCCUAUAAUUACACUUAAUGUAUACUGAUUAUUCCACAGUCAUGUGUUCAGCAAUGACUAUUUUUAACUCUCAGUUGCAAUUACCUUAUCUGCAAUCAUUUUCUAGUCAGUGAUUAUGGUUUAGUAUAAAUGUCUAAAUAAUGAUCUCUUGUGUACAAAUACAUUUCUCUGUCAUUUUCACUUAAUACUUUCCACUGACUCUCUGUGAACAUUUUUUGACAAUGAUAUACAGCUGUUAAAAAUAUCGGGGAUGGAAACAGUUGUUUAAAUAGGAACAAAUCAGAAAUUUGGAAUUGACAAGUCUGGCCAACUGUUACAUAAUCAAAAGCAAAAUCUAGCCCAAGUGCAAGGAAAAUGGGAAUGAUAACAUUAUUAAAUAUCAUUGAAGUAUGUGAAAUUGUGUUGAGUGAAGAGGGAAGGAAAGUAACUGGAUAUAAACUGAUGAAAGAUGUAAAAAUGUAAGAUUAAAACUCCAUUUUUAACAGUG